GGUGCGAUCCAGGCCUGCGCGAGGUGUGCGUCGGCGUCGCUGCCAGCAGAGGGAUUCUGGGUAACGGCCCCUGCCGGCUGAACCUCCUGGAUUCGUGCAGCGGAUUCUGUUCACUACAGUAGGUCCUUCGGCAGUGGCGUUCGUAGGGCUAGGGCCAGCUGGACAUGGAGCAGCCGUGGCCGCCGCCGGGACCUUGGGGCCUCCCUCGAGCAGGGGGUGAGGCUGAGGAAGAGAGUGACUUGGACGUGUCCCCCGGUUCUCCCCGCUGCCCGCCGCUGCCGGGCGGUGACGCGCAGAUGUAUAGCCAUGAAAUCGAGCUGGCUUGCCAAAAGCAGACGGAGUUUGUGAAGAGCUCUGUGGCAUGCACAUGGAAUCUUGCUGAAGCUCAGCAGAAACUUGGUAGUUUAGCUCUGCAUAACUCUGAGUCCUUGGAUCAGGAAUAUGCCAAAGCACAAACAGCGGUAUCUGAACUGAGGCAACGGGAGGAAGAAUGGCGACAGAAAGAAGAAGCUCUAGUACAAAGAGAGAGGAUGUGUCUGUGGAACAUGGACGCCAUUAGCAAGGAUGUUUUUAAUAAGAGUUUUAUUAAUCAAGAUAAAGGAAAAGAAACAGAAGAUGAAGAUAAAUCAAAAUCAUUCAUGCAGAAAUAUGAGCAAAAAAUCAGACAUUUUGGUAUGUUGAGUCGAUGGGAUGACAGUCAGAGAUUUUUGUCUGAUCAUCCAUUCCUUGUAUGUGAAGAAACUGCUAAAUAUCUUAUUUUAUGGUGUUUUCACCUAGAAGCUGAACAGAAAGGGGCACUAAUGGAACAAAUAGCACAUCAAGCUGUUGUAAUGCAGUUUAUUAUGGAAAUGGCCAAAAACUGUAAUGUGGAUCCAAGAGGGUGUUUUCGUUUAUUUUUCCAGAAAGCCAAAGCAGAGGAAGAAGGUUAUUUUGAAGCAUUCAAAAAUGAACUUGAAGCUUUUAAGUCAAGAGUAAGACUUUAUUCUCAGUCACAAAGUUUUCAACCUAUGACAGUUCAGAAUCAUGUUCCCCAUUCUGGUGUUGGAUCUAUAGGUUUAUUAGAAUCCUUACCACAGAAUCCAGAUUAUCUUCAGUAUUCUAUCAAUACAGCUACAGCUCUCUGCAGUUUAAAUUCAGUGGUACAUAAAGAAGAUGAUGAACCCAAAAUGAUGGACACUGUAUAAUUUGGUUAAGACUGCUGAGGCCAAGUGCUAUUUUGUUACAAGAAAGGAAGAACUUGGCUAUUUUCUUGACACUUUUAUGGGUGCUGCACUUUAUUUUUGUUUGGUUUUUGAUGGGAGGGGGAAAAAAAAGAGUACUGAAAUGUUUUUUGUAAUUUUUUUUUUAAUGUGCUGCUAGGUUUUUUGUUUUGUUUUUUGAAGGGAGGUGUGGUACCACAUGUUGGGGGAAGUCAACGACUCCCCCUACCACCCCACCCCACCCCACUACUAAUUUUGCCUUUAAUGUAAUUGUUCUGAAUUUUGGAAUCAAGUUAUGAAAAUCUGCACAAAUGCAAUGUUUACAAGAACUGGUUGAUUCUAGGAAGCAUCUGCUACACAGUCUCUUUUUAUGUGGAUAUGCACAUGUCCUACUCUACAGAAAUCAUUAAAGAUAAAAAUACACUUAUCCCACUGAUAAUUUAGCUGUCAAAUCUGGUGUUUCAUUAAAAGCAAUAAAUCAGUAGUUGGUAAUCUAUUUUACUAAACAAGUUGGUUGGCACAAAUUUUUAAAAGUCUUUCCUCUUAAAAUAUUAAUUUGUAUUUUCGGCACCAUCAGUUAAAUCCUGACUAUAAUACAAAUUUGAUUUAAAGACAUUACAUUUAUCCCCAUAGUAUUCACUGAAGUGUUCAUUAGAAGUUGAUUUUUACCCUUUUGACUUAAAAUAUUAAGAAUCGUAGUGAUAUAAAAAAUGACUAACUUAUAUUUUGUGUUCCUUUUAAGUAAGAUAAAUUAAAAGCUCACUCUGAAUUUCUUGACAUAGUCUAGGAUCUCUCAGGGAGUAAGUUUUAAAAGAAUAUUAAUGGCCUAUAAGAACACAGGAAGAA